CGUGAACUCCUCGCACUUGAAGAAAGGCGCACACGGCGAGCAAGUGGGUGAAUGGGAUGGCGAUAGCUAAGAACCCCACGGAGACAUCCCCGUUGCUGGGAUCCCAACGCAACGGCAAUGCGACCCUUGAUCCUGCCUCGACCGGCGCCAUCUGCAACUCGGACCCCGAGGCGCCAUACCCGGUAGAUGGGGAGGAGACCACGCCAGGUGAUGAGGUAGAUGAUCACAGGAAUAAGCUUAGAUACAUUAUUCCUGCGAUAUCGAUUGGGGUCUUUUUGUCUGCAGCGGACCAGACGAUCAUCGUCGCCAGUUAUGGGCAGAUCGGCAGCGACCUUGAGGCUCUCAACCUGACCAGCUGGAUCGCGACGUCGUAUUUCCUGACCCUGACCUCGUUUCAGCCUCUGUACGGCAAGCUGAGCGAUAUCUUUGGCCGCAAGGGUUGUUUGUUGUCGGCUUAUGCUAUUUUCGGCGUGGGCUGUUUGUGCUGCGGCCUCGCGCAGGAUAUUUACCAGCUUAUCGCUGCUCGUGUUUUUCAAGGUAUUGGCGGCGGCGGCAUGACGACUGUUGUCAGUAUUCUUAUGAGUGACAUCGUCCCUCUUCGCGAUCGGGGCGUCUGGCAAGGUGUUAUUAACAUCAUCUUCGCCACUGGUUCGGGUGUUGGUGCACCGCUCGGUGGAAUUUUGGCCGAUUUCGUUGGUUGGCGAUGGGCAUUCCUUGCGCAGGUGCCACUUUGCAUUCUCGCCUUUAUAGCUGUCACGGUGAUGCUGGAACUGCCUCCCCUCGAAGACAGUCACUGGAAAGACAAGCUUCGUCGCAUUGACUUCCCCGGUGCCAUUGUGCUUGUUGGCGCUGUCCUGGGCUUUCUUGUCGGCCUCGACCGAGGAAGCAAUGUAUCCUGGUCGAUGCCAACAACUAUCGUUUCUCUUAGCGUCUCCGCCGUCCUUUUUGUGCUGUUCAUUGUUGUCGAGGUCUUCUACGCGGCGGAGCCGUUCGCCCCCGGUCACAUCAUCUUUGACCGGGCCUUCGUUUCCAGCUACGCCUGUAACUUUUUCAGUUUUGGCGGUUGGCUUGCUGCCCUCUUUUACAUUCCAUUGUAUUUCCAGGCCGUCGAUGGCGUGUCUGCCACUGUUGCAGGCUUACGCCUCCUCCCAAGCAUCUUCGCCGGCGUUUCCGGGUCGCUUUUUGCCGGAUUCGUGAUGAAGUGGACUGGCAAAUUCUACUGGCUGACCAUCAUUGCCUACGCUCUCCUCACCGUGGGAAUGUCUAUCAUCUUCCUUUCCUCCGGGGCCGCUCAGGAAAGUCUGGUGUGGAUGAUCAUGGGAAUGGUCUUCUCGGGCUUUGGAAAUGGCAUCGGCGUUACAUCGACAUUGAUCUCUCUCAUCUCGAACUCGACCCCCGAAGACCAGGCCGUGGUGACCGCCUGCUCAUAUCUCUUCCGAUCCCUAGGAUCCGUCAUCGGUCUCUCCCUGUCGUCCACUGUGGUCCAACAGGCUCUUCGGACCCGACUACGCUCUGCGUUACGCGACAGCAAGGACGUCGAUCAGAUCGUUGACGGUGUGCGGCAAAGUCUUGAUUAUAUUAGAACCCUCGAUCCGGCUGUCGCCAGAACCGUCCGCGGCUGCUACGGGUGGGCAACGAACAAGGGCUUUGGGUUCUUGUUUUUCGUUGUCUUCUUUGCUUUCUUUAGUAGUUUCUUCAUCCGUGAGAAGAAGUUGUCGCGUUGAACAGGAUCUCAAAAAGCUUGCAUAGGGGAUUUUUUCUUUUUCUUGCUGACAAUGGACGACGGGCGAUUCAAUGCAGUCUAAAAGUAUAGAGGACUUAAAAUAGCUGUUCCUGGGGUCCUGGAUUGGCUGGUUCAGGGUACUGCUCUCUAACGGGUUUGGAUAGACUCAGAUAUAUAACUGAUAGGAACAGUAUGCAGUGGGUAAAAGUGGUAAAAUCUUGACAUGUCCUUAGCUUGAAU